CGACUAUUGUUUAUGCUACCGUCUCUCAAGUCUCAACUGAACUCAAUUCCAUCGAUACAAGAAACAACAACAAAACGCAACUACGAAGCUAAAAUAACGUCAAUAGUAUAAAGUCGGAUUUCUGAUAUAGGGCAUCCGCUGAAUACACUUGGAGCUCUAGACAAACUGAGAACUUGACGGUAGUCUAGGCAAGGCAGUAUGCAAGCACGAUUCAAAUUGAAAUGUCGAGUAGGUCGAUUAGCUCCUCUGUUACUGUCUUGAUAUUGUAUCGGUCUUCUUCGCAUUAAAAUCGAAAUAAUAAAAGGAACAACAAUUUUUUCCAAAACAAACGAUUACGUACCGACGAGUAUUUUGAUUUCUUUUCUUAGUUUUUGUAUAUUCAACUUUUGCCAAUAUUAGUUGUCAUUCAAAAAUUCGUUAAACAAAAUAAAUAAAGUAUCUAAGUUCCUUUUCGUUUUUAACUUGAAGCCUGUUUCCAUCAUCAUCUCAAGGCGUGUGUGGUUUUUUUUUGUUUCGCUCUCUUCAAAUAUUAAUCAGCGAAAUAAGUUCCAACGAAGUGUGGUGUCAUAGUUAUUUUAUGUGGCGUGUUAACCAAAACAGAGGCCAAGCUGCUAAGUGAUAAUAAUUAAACCUCUAUACCUGCCCUUAGACUAAGGGUGCUUGCUACCUUACCUACGUUAUAUUAAACGUCGGUCGUCUUCAUCCCUGCGAAACUCAUCAGCAUACUUUUUUGCAGAAAACUUGCUAUAAGAUAUACGAUCAUUUGGUUUUGCGAGAAUGACUGGAACAGUACUCGAAGAUCCCCAAUGGAGUUUGGAGCGAAGAGCAUCAUCAGGUCAUUUGGUAUGGCGGAAAGAUACGCCCAGUUCUAAGGUUCGUUUUCGUUUCGAUGUGGAAGUUUUAGAAUUUGAAAAAGAUCCUGCCGAAGAUUUAAUCGAUGACGUCAAUGAUGAUUUUUCUGUCACGAAUUUAUCAUCAACAGUAGCAAUUUGUGUAACAUGUAUGGCAGCAGCUGCCGUAAGCGUUCUUCUUCCAUGGUAUCUUAUGCAUUCAACAACGUAAAAAAUAAUUAUUGUUAUAAUUGAUAUCGAUUAAGAUUGAGUCGAUUAUCCUCUCAUUUAAUUUGAGUUAAAAAAAGUGAAAAACUUUCAAGAUAAAAAUCUUUAUAGUGAUUAUACUGUGAUGUUAAGGUAUUUUUCUAAGUAGACUACAUAAAUGUACAUAACAUAAAGAUGAAACAAGUUUGAAUAGUGUAUUAGAUAUGUUAAUAAAUAAUUGGAGUCCAAUAAAAAUAGCUUCACAUAGCUUCCUAUAAUUUAAGAGCCUGAUGUUAUUUCGAGUAAAAAAUGUGCCUUAAUUUAGAAACUACGUUGUAUACCUUUACUAAAGGUUAUACUAUUCUUGUUCUACAAUAUGUAAUUACUUAUAAGUAAUUAAAUGGACAGAAAUUGUUAAUGCCUAUUUUUAUGAAAAUUUGUACGAAAAUAAAAAAAAUUGAUAAAAUUGUAUGAAUUUUAUUGUAUGUAAAUCAAAUUGAGUCCAUUAGGUCUUAAGAUUAUUGAAAAGAUAAAAUAAAAAUGAAAACGUUAAAAUAUUAAGAUAAAAUAAAAUAGUAAAAAUAAACAAA